CGUUCAUUACUUCCCAUGACGUCACGGGGUCUCGGGUAUAUAAAGGGAGAUCUGCAUGGCUCUGGGCAUAAGCGCUUUGACCAGCGCAGUGUUAAGACUCGUUCCUUCACCUCUCCAACAGCAAGCAUGAACACUCAGGAGUGGAUGUGCCUCAGACUGGUGGUGAUGCUGGCUGUGGUGAUGGUCGCCUCCCCCACCAGCGCCGUUCCUAAGAGGGUUGCCAACAGGAUGGUGCCCAGUUGGUGGUCCAGAGUUCGUAACGUCUGUUGGUCGGCAUCAGAUUGUAGUGCUGAUGAGUGUUGCGCCCGCCCCAUGCUGUCCUCCAAAGCUUACUGCAUGCCCCUGCGCGCCCGUGGCCAAGUGUGUGACGCCUCGCCCCUCAUGCUGAACAUCAACAACGGGGUGUACUUCAGCGACUGCCCCUGCCAGUACGAACCUGACCUGCGCCUCUCUGGGCAUCAAAGCCAAGCCACAAUGUGUUGACCUGCGCACCCUUGAGCUUGAUUACCGCAGAAUCUUCUCCCUAAGUGUACCCCCUACCAGCGAGAACCACUAAGAUCUUCUCCCUGAACUCUCCCAGCCUCUCCCUGUGUUCCAUGUCUUCUCUCUCUCCCUCACCGUGUCCCUCCCUCUCUCUACCUUUUCUCUCCCUUCCUCUGCUAGCGGGAUUCAUUAGAGGUUCUCAUUAACUCUCUCUUUCCUCAUUCUCUCCCUCCCUCUCCCUGCCUCUCCUUGUCUUCAUCUCUGACUCUCCCUAUCUCCUGCCUCUCUCAGCCUUAUCUUGUUUUCCUGUCUCCUUCCCUCACUCUCCCUUUGUCCCUCACUGCGUCCCUGCCUCUCCCAGCGUCUCCCAUAUUCUCUCUCUCUCUCUCUCUCUCUCUCUCUCUCUCUCUCUCUCUCUCUCUCUCUCUCUCUCUCUCUCUCUCUCUCUCUCUCUCUUACCGUGUCCCUUGCUAGAGAAUAUUUAAAUCAUCUCUAUCUCCUCUUCUCUCUCCUCUCCACCUCUCCUCUCCCAGUCUUGUCUUCUCUUCCUCUACUAUUAUCCUCCUUCCUCCUCCUCCUCCUCCUCCUCCUCCUCCUCCUCCUCCUCCUCCUCCUCCUCCUCCUCCUCCUCCUCCUCUGCCUCUACCUUCUAUUCCUCCUCUUCUAUUACUAGUACUAACCGCUUCUGCUUCUCCUCCUCCAUCCCUUCCUCCUCCUCCUCCUCCUCCUCCUCCUCCUCCUUAGCUCUUUCAAGGUCACCCUCACUUGAAGGAUUAGUAUUGUACUGUUAUGAGACCUAAUGAGGCUGGCUUCUCUCUCUCUCUCU